AGGAAUCCCACCAAAGAAACCAAGAACAGAGCUGAAACAUGGAGACCACGGUCCCCGCGGCGACAGCCACCACCAGCUCGAGCGUCGGCCACGGAGCCGGCGGCGGUGCUGCGAGAGUCCUGCUCCUCCCGUACCCGGGGGCGCAGGGCCACACCAACCCGAUGCUCCAGCUCGGCCGCCGCCUGGCGUACCACGGCCUCCGCCCCACACUCGUCGCCACCCGCUACGUGCUCUCCACCACCCCGCCCCCCGGCGCGCCCUUCGACGUGGCCGCCAUCUCCGACGGCUGCGACGCCGGCGGCAUGGCCUCGUGCCCGGACAUGGCGGAGUACGUCUCGCGGCUGGCGGCCGUGGGCUCCGAGACGCUGCGGGAGCUCCUCCUGUCGGAGGCGCGCGCGGGGCGGCCCGUGCGCGUGCUGGUGUACGACGCUCACCUGGCGUGGGCGCGGCGGGUGGCGCAGGCGUCCGGCGUCGCGGCCGCGGCCUUCUUCUCCCAGCCGUGCGCGGUGGACGUCGUCUACGGGGAGCUGUGGGCGGGGCGGCUGGCGCUGCCGGCGACGGACGGGCGCGCGCUGCUCGCGAGAGGAGCGCUCGGCGUGGAGCUGGGGCCGGAGGACAUGCCGCCGUUCGCGGCGGUGCCGGAGUCGCAGCCUUUGUUCCUCAAGGUGUCAGUUGGGCAGUUCGAGGGGCUGGAGGACGCCGACGACGUGCUCGUCAACUCAUUCCGCGACCUCGAGCCAAAGGAAGCAGGAGCCGGCAUCCUCAGCCAGAGUUGGGUGUACUUGCGGGCGACCUCACCGUCACCAGCCCAUCUGCAGGAGGCAGAGUACAUGGAAUUAACAUGGAGAGCGAAGAUGGUUGGCCCAACCAUGCCAUCAUUCUACCUCGACGAUGAUCGCCUACCAUCGAAUAAAUCAUAUGGUUUUAACUUUUUCAACGGUGAUGCACUGUGCAUGGAUUGGCUAGAGAAGCAAAGCAAUUCAUCCGUUGUGCUGGUGUCCUAUGGGACCGUCUCUAAUUAUGAUGCAACCCAGCUAGAGGAGCUUGGCAAUGGACUGUGCAAUUCUGACAAACCUUUUCUUUGGGUUGUAAGGUCCAACGAGGAACACAAGUUAUCCAAAGAACUCAGGGAAAAAUGUGAGAAGAUUGGAUUAAUUGUCUCAUGGUGUCCCCAACUUGAGGUUCUUGCACAUAGGGCUAUUGGUUGCUUUGUUACCCAUUGUGGAUGGAACUCGACACUAGAGGCACUUGCUAAUGGUGUACCUCUUGUGGGUAUUCCGCAUUGGGCAGACCAACCCACCAUUGCAAAGUAUAUGGAGAGUGCAUGGAGCAUGGGUGUGCGUGUACGGAAGGACAAUAAUGGAUAUCUAAAGAUGGAGGAGGUUGAGAGGUGCAUUAGAGAGAUGAUGGAUGUGGAGAGAAAUGAUAAGUACAAAAGAAAUGCUGUGAAGUGGAUGCAAAAGGCCAAGGAGGCAAUGCGGGAAGGAGGAAGUUCCGACAAGAAUAUCGCUGAAUUCGCUACCAAAUAUUCAUCAAUAUAAAGUUUGAACAAUGUUGUACUUUAAUAUAAGCAAGUAGACAGUGAUUUUGGCCUUAUAAAAGUUCAGAGUGACUGACAUUUUUCAUAUGUAAUUGUAGUGAUAUCUUCUUCAAAUUUAAAAGUAUGUUGGACUUUAUACGACGUGCGGUUUUUUAACAUGUUAUAUGUGAUUCUGGUCUGGAAA